UAAUAAUUAUAAUAAUAAUAAUAAUAAUAAUAAUAAUAAUAAUAAUAAUAAUAAUAAUAAUAACAAUAACAAUAAUAACAAUAAUAACAAUAAUAACAAUAAUAACAAUAAUAAUAAUAAUAAUAAUAGUAAUAGGAAGCAAUAGUUAUAAAUGUGUAACUUAUGUGGCAAAGCUUCUGUAUAAAGUAAGAGCAUCUAAGGAAAAAAAAUUAACGAGCAGCGUGGCAGACAUGAGCUGCUAUUUGAGGAAAUAAACUUGACAACUCCUAUUAUUUCACUUUUCAUAUGUUUAUUUCCCAUUAAGGACAAUUUUUUAAACAUGUUGCAUGAAGACUAAUAGGAGCUUUUAGAUUUUAAUACCUAACGAGGAUCAUUUAUAGUUAAAUCUUAAAACUCUACUUUUGCCUUCUAAGAAGAUGUUAUCUUCGUCUGAUCUAAAUGUUUUUUAUUUGAAAUUUUUAAAAUCUGAUCUGAUCUGAUCUGAAUUUUUCAAAUCUGAUCUGAUCUCAAUCUGUCUGAUCUGAUCUGAAUGCUUCUGAUCUGAUCUGAUAUGAUGAAUCCUUCUUAUCUGAUCUUAACUUUCUAAACCGGUAUAUAAUAAUAAUAAUAGUAAUAAUAAUAGUAAUAAUAAUAGUAAUAAUAAUAAUAAUAAUAAUAGUUACAAUAAUAAUAAUAAUAAUUUCUGAUCUGAUGUGAAUGUUUCUGAUAUGAUCUGCUUUGAUCUAAAUCUUUCUUAUCUGAUCUGAUCUAAUCUGAAUCUUUCUGAUCUGAUCUGAAUUUUUCUGAUCUGAUCUGAAUAAAAUAAGAAUAAGCAAUAAGUAAUAAGAAUAAGACGAACAGAACAACUUCUAAGUCCUAUUUUAUUACAUGUUCGUUUACACCGAUUUGGAGCAGUUGUUAUAUCUUGAAAGCAAGGUCCCAUGGUGAGCAUUCUACUCCCACAACUAAAACAUGCAUGAACACUAACACACGUGAACAAUAUCUUUUUCAUACUGGCAGAGUGAUGUAACCCGCAUGUAUAGAAAUGUAACUCAUUUGAUGGCAAAUGUAAUCCGAGGCAAGUCGAAAUGUAACUUGUAUAAUACGGAGUAUAAGAAUUAAAACAUUGAUUUCAAUGUAAACAAUGAAAAGAGAGAGUAUAAGUGUUCAAAUAUUUUAAGUAAAUAGUGAAUGUGUUUUGAUUUUAAAAUCAUGACUAAAAAAUGAUUUAAAAACUAUUUUUUUUUAUAAAAAACGAUGUGAUUUUAUGAAUCCAGAGCUUGAAAGAUAAAUGAUUUAUCUAUCCAGGAAUAAUUAAAAUACCUUAACUAUACAUAAGUGUUAGAUCCCUACCCCAUAUAUGUGAAAGAUGAGAUACCCGUACCCCAUGUGAUAUUAACAACCCGAAAACAUCUACGUGUUGUAUUUUUUUCCACAUAAGCCAUGUAUUUCCCAUUGGAGAAAAACCGUAUAAGCAUGCUUCUAAUUUGGGAAAGUCUAAACAGAAGUUUCAGAACAUUCUUUCUGCCAGGAAGACAACCAUUUUACAUUGGGAAAAGGGCCAAAAAUGACACUAACGUUGUUUAGCAAUCUCAGAUAGGACACUGAAGUUUAAAGUGGACCAUUUAAACACAUAAGCCACCUGUUUGAGUUACAUUUGGCCACUCCCUAACCGAGCCGUCCAUCUAUCGUUAACUCCCUCUUCUCCCCCCUAAUUAAACGCUACCCAACAAAAUUGACAACCCUAAUUCAUCUGCCAUGAAGCUAAUUCAUCUGCCAUGAAGAUCCUUAGCUUGAAACUAAGUGCGCUUAGAAGAAGAGUGAUUACUUCCGUACGCACGUGAAUGACUGGGAGUGCUUAGCGUCUCAUUUUGGAAUCCACAGUUACGCUUAAAGGUAUUCAGUGUACUUAUUUCCUUUUCCUCUUAAAGGAUGAGUGAGUUGGUGAACCUGCGGUUUAAUCACAGUGGGAGAUGGAUUUUGCACCCGAAAAUGAAAUAUGUUGAUGGGGAUGACCAUACAAUAUAUAGGUUUGAUCCUGACUUUCUGUGCUUUCAUGACAUACAAAGAACUUGCAAAGAGGAAUUGGGUUUCAUAACACUAAAAAACAUUUAUGUCUUGGUACCCGGAAAAGAUUUGGACAAUGGGCUAUUUUUAGUUGAAGAUGAUGACACAAUUAGGAAGGUUUUGAAUCAGAUUAGGAAUUUUUCUUGGAUUGAUGAUAUAGAGUUGUAUGUUGAUCAUCAACUGGACGAGCCCCUUCUCAUUCCCCAAAUAGAGUGGUCUUCUGUUCAAAACAACCAGAGUGAGAAUGUGAGUAACCAAAGCCCUGAAACAGACAAUGGGGGGGGUACUUCCCCAAGAAACUAGAGGGGUGCCAAAUGGUUAUGUAAGUGAUGGGGAAGCUGAAGUGGAACCACUAGAUUCUGAUAGUAACAGUGAAGAAGAGGAAGCAGAAGAUAGUGAUGAAGAUGUGAGGGUUAACUACACUACCACAGAUGGAUCUACUUGCUUUAUUAUUGGGAUGACUUUUGAAGAUGUCCAUGAGGCUAGAACUGUCAUAAAAGGUCUAAAUGUCCAAACCAAGCCACUUCUGCAAAUGAAGAGCCCAUUGUAAAUCAAGGUGUGAAGAGAACUGCUGCUGAGGCUUUGACCCCGGCAGUUUCACCACCCCCACCACCAGGAAGGGAAAAAUCAACAACCAAUAUCACCAGGCCCUCAAAAUUGAAAUCAAGAAGAAUAGCUAGAAACAAAAGCCUUGACACUUUAACUGGUUUUGGUUGCUAUGUUGAUGUUAAUACUAGGGCAAAGACUUUAAAUGUGAGUAUUUCUUAAGGAAUAGAAAAGUAAAAUAUUUUCUUGGUUGUGAAUAUAAGAGCUGGAUGUUGUAAAAUCAGAUUGAUUAGGUUUGUUAUACCUCUUGGUUUUGCACCCUGGGAUGAGGAGUGAACAUGUUGUUUCUGAGGUGCAAGCUGACAUGCCACAUGAUCCUGAUGUUACAGUUAGAUAUGCUAUUCCUAAUGAGAAGGAAACAAGAGCUGCUGCCCGGAAUCAGAAAUCUGUCAAUGAGCCAAGAUACAGAUAUAUAGCAUUUAAGGGUGAUGGAGCACAUGUACAAUAGCCCACCAACCUACCUUUCAAAGCCCCUGGUUUGCAAUGGAAGGGUAGCCCUGCUGUCACAUCGGGCCAAUUAAGAAAGAAGGUGCAAAGGAGGAGGGAACCUAGCACUGGGACCGAUGAUAGUCAACAAAGAAAUUAAUUAGCAUGUAUAAGUACUUUUGGAUUCAAUGUGCUAGCUGUCACAUUUUUGUGUUUUGGUAGGUGGCAGCACUGGCUUUUUUGGCUUUACAUUUCACUCUUAGAACAAAGGUCCUCUAUCAGUUUUACAAGUGCAAAAUCAGAGGUUGAAUAAUUAUAUGAAUGCUGUAACAACUUUUUGUUUUAUGGAUGGUUGCUUUAUAUGAAGCUUUAUAUGAAUGGAUGGUUG